AGAGAGAGAGAGAGAGAGAGAGAGAGAGAGAGAGAGAGAGAGAGAGAGAGAGAGAGAGAGAGAGAGAAGUUUCCUCUGCUCUUGGCUGCAGAUCGUUCACUUCACACGAUGGUACGCCUGUAUCCGCGUGCAGUGCUGUUGCAUUCGGAGCCCCGCCGCUUUCAGGAGAUCUGAGAAAUCAAACAAAAAGUGUCACCAAUGGCUGAAUUUGGAGAGAACAACAGCGCCGUCGGCUCACAGAUUGCCGGCUGGAAAGCUGCGUCAGGAGGCGCCGGAAUGAGCCUGGAGACGCCGGUGUCAAACGGAAACUGCAGUGUGUCAGACACCGUGAAGAGGGUCCAACACGAAUCCAGCUGCGAGUCCCCGACGUGGGAGAGCGCGGGUUCAGAUUCAGCCCCCAAACCAAUCCCUCGACGUAGCAGUCUGAUCAAGGAUGGGUCACGUGCCGGUCGGGACAGGAAGAAGACGGUGUCCUUCAGCAGCAGCCUGUCGGAGAAGAAGAUCAGCAGUGCUGCAGACUGUAUCCACUCCAUGGUUGAGGGGAUUGAGCUGAAGAAAAUCCGAACCAACUCACGUGUUUACCAGCGUUACUACCUGCUGGACGCCGGCCUCCAGGCUCUAUGUUGGGAGCCGUCCAAGAAGGAGUCCGACAAAGCACGCAUCUCUCUGGCCUCCAUACGAGAGGUACGGACAGGCCGUAACACAGAAACCUUCCGCACCAGUGGAGUUUAUGAGCAGAUUUCAGAGGACUGUGCGUUCUCCAUCAUCUAUGGAGAGAUGUAUGAAAGCUUGGACCUGGUGGCCAACUCUGCUGAAGUGGCUAACAUUUGGGUUACUGGCCUGAGGUAUCUGAUGCAGUAUGGGAAACACGCCCUGGACAUGCUCGCCAGCAGUCAGGACAGCCUUCGCCUUGGCUGGCUGGAGCAGAUGUUCUCCUCUGCUGCUGAUUCGGACGGACAGGAAGACAUCGAGGAAGGGAUCCGCUUGCAGUUGGCCGUUAAAUUGAUACGGAGCGUGAAUCCUGGGGUGGGAGGCGGCAAAGUGGAGCACAGGUUUAAAGAGCUCCAAAGAGUUAGGGACAGGAUGUGUGGGCCUACUCUAGAUAAUGAAUCUGGAGUUAAAGAUCACGGCGAAAACAAAAGACUAAUAGGAAGAAAUGAGCAAGUCACCAAGGAGGAGUUCAUCGAGGUCUUCCAUGACUUUUGCACACGUCCGGAGAUCUACUUUCUGUUGGUGCAGUUCUCUAGCAACAAGGAGUUCCUGGACACCAAAGACCUGAUGAGGUUCCUCGAGGCUGAGCAAGGCAUGGCUCAAGUGAGUGAGGAGACCAGCCUGAAGCUCAUGCAGUCCCACGAGCCAUCGGAGGAAGGUCGGCAGCAGGGAUACUUGUCACUGGAUGGCUUCACCAGCUACCUCACGUCGGCAGAGUGCCAACUCUUCGACAGGGAGCACGACGCCGUGUGCCAGGACAUGUCCCAGCCUCUGUCCCACUACUACAUCAGCUCCUCCCACAACACCUACCUCAUCGAGGACCAGUUUCGAGGUCCGUCCGACAUCUCCGGCUACAUCCGCGCACUCAAGAUGGGCUGUCGAUGCGUGGAGGUGGACGUUUGGGACGGUCCCAACGAGGAGCCGUUGGUUUGUACUGGACGCACACUCUCCCCACCACUGGCCCUGCAAUAUGUGAUAGAAGCAAUUGGAAGGUUUGCAUUUGUGGCGUCGCAGUACCCUUUAAUUAUAUGCAUUGAGAACCACUGUUCGCUUCAACAACAGAAAGUGAUGUGGCAACAUCUCAUGAGGAUACUCGGGGAGAGGUUAUACACAGAUCUCCCUUACGAUGGGGAGUCAUACCUACCAUCGCCCCAUGCUCUAAGGCAUCGAAUUCUACUAAAGGGUAAAAACUUGGGGCCACUUCCUGAUGGGGAGGACGGCGAGGUAAGUGAGGAGGAUGAAGGGGCAGAGAUGAUUCAAAGGAUGAAAGCGGCUAACAGCGCAGGGCCAGCGCCUGGAGGAAUUGAGAAGGACAUGGUGCAGAAAAGUGUCUCUUUCACAGCUGUCACUCAGUCCAAUCCCGUUCAACUUCUUCCCAAACGUUUCCAACUCUUGAAGGAGCUCUCUGAUCUCGUGUCUCUUUGCCGCUCAACCCGCUUCAUUGACUUCCUGACAUCAUCCAAAAGCCAAAACCCUUGGGAACUCUGUUCCUUUCAUGAGUCUCUGGCCGUGCGUCUCGCUGGCGAGAGCCCUGGCGACUUUGUCAAUCACAACAAGCGUUUCCUGUCGCGGGUGUACCCCAGCCCCAUGCGUAUCGACUCGAGCAACAUGAACCCUCAGGACUUGUGGAAGUGCGGUUGCCAGAUUGUGUCUAUGAACUUUCAGACGGCAGGACUGAUGAUGGACCUGAACACGGCGUGGUUCAGGCAGAAUGGGAGCUGCGGUUACGUCCUGCGGCCAGCCAUCAUGCGGCAGGAGGUGUCUUAUUUUAGUGGCGACACCAGAGAGACGGUGCCUGGUGUUCCUCCACAGCUGCUCCAUGUGAAGGUGAUAAGCGGUCAGAACCUGCCCAAGCCGAAGGGCUCGAGUGCCAAAGGAGACGUGGUGGACCCCUACGUGUACGUUGAGAUCCACGGCAUCCCAGCUGACUGCACAGAGCGCCGCACCAGGACGGUGACACAGAACGGGGACAACCCCGUCUUCGAUGAGAGCUUUGAGUUUCAGAUCAACCUGCCGGAGCUCGCCAUGGUUCGCUUUAUGGUGCUGGAUGACGACUUCAUAGGGGAUGAGUUCAUAGGUCAGUACACCAUUCCUCUGGAGUGUCUUCAACCGGGUUACCGACAUGUGCCCAUCCAGUCUCUGACAGGGGAGGAGCUUCCCCACGCCAAGCUGUUUGUCCAUGUGGCCCUCACCAAUCGGAGAGGAGGGGGAAAGCCUCACAAGAGGGGGCUGAGUGUGCGGAAGGCCCGCAAGGGGAGAGACUACACCGCUCUGAGGGACUUGGAUGUGCGGGCUGUGGACGAGGUUUUCAAGAUGGCUGCUCCUCCGCUCAGAGAAGCCACUGACCUGAGGGAAAAUAUGCAGAACUCAGUAGCAGUGUUCAGGGAGCUGUGCGGGGUGUCUGCGGUGGCCAACCUCAUGCAGUGUGUGCUCGCUCUGGGCUCCAGGGUGUCAGGACCGGACGGGGCGCCUUUACUACUGUUUGACCUCCGGAACCACUACCCCACACUGGAGCCCCAGGGGCCCCUGCCCGACGUGCUUCGCCGGGUCGUCUCCACCUAUGAAAUGAUGGUUCAGGCGAGCAGAGCAGUGAUCGAGCUCUCUGAUGGAAUCUACGACAGGAUCCUGCAUAUACAGACAAUGGCCAUGGAGUUUCAUGAGAAGCUGCAGAGUCUGGCGGAGAAGGAGGGGCUGAGGGGUCGCAAGGUCAGUCGAGCGCUGGAGAGUUUCUGCUGGAACAUCACCAUCCUUAAGGGCCAGACUGACCUGCUGAAGCGCGCCAAAGCUGAAGUCCAGGACAACAUGAAGCAGGUCCACGAUGCUGCUUUGACUGGAAACCUCACCAAGGAGAGCCUAGGGUUGAGAAGAGUCCGCUCCCAAACACGACGAGGCCAGGAUGACUAAACCACUACGAGUGCUAGACGACUUGCAGCGUAGCGAGCAAAAUAAAAGAGGACAUGACCUAAUUGCCAUCGUAGCUGCUGUGACGAACCCUUUUCCUGUUAUUAAAAUUGUUCCGCCGUCUUACUCCGCCUUAACGUUGGAGUUUCACAAUGCCAUGUGAGAGCUAUAGCAAGUAUUGUGUGUUUAAAAGAGAAGAAGAGAAGACUUGAUGAAUGUAAAAGUCUUCAAAUUCAGCCACCUGUCGCAGACUUGAGAGGAGACGGGAGAGAGAGAGAGGACACUGGGGAGAUGAAUGUAGUUGGAUUUGAAGCCAAGGUCAAGUUGUUUGCGCUGCAUUAAAUUGUAAAUACAACUAAUGUCCAUCAACCUCUUCAAAUGUGCAAUGUGUCUUGAAGAGGGAGAGUUUUUCCAGCACAGUGUGGGAUGACUCAGCAAAGAUAACUUUUUGAAAAACUUCCACUUCUGCAUGUUAGCAGCUUGUGCUUCACAGAGCUGCUGUCGUCCAGCAAGCAAGGAUCGAAAUGAAACUCUUUCUCGAUUUAUAAGCAGUCUGUGGAGGUUUUUAGGUGUUUUAACAUUAUAUCUCAUGGACCAGCGAAGCCCCUUUACAUCACCUUCCAACUUAUUUCCUUUAAGCAUGUGUAGGUCCUGGAUUGCUGCUCUUCAUCCAAUCACCUUGAGGUCCUUUGGCUUGCCACAAAAUCCUCCAUUUCACCUUCUAAAUAUUGCUCUCACAUACAGUAUUCUAUAUUUUUGUAUUUUCCCGGAGCCCUUUUUGCUAAUUAAACCACAGUUACUCACCAUUAUGUAAAAGUUUGCCUCUAGGGAACAAAAUACUGUUGUGUUGAAAAGUGCUUACUUUGUGUGCGAAACACUGUACAGUAUUUUACUAUGUCAUUUCAAUCCUUUUGCUGUAAAGAAUAUUUUACAUAAGUUAUUGAUCCUGAAUGAAAACAUUCCAGUUAUCGGUGCAGUAGAUGAGCUCUGUAAAAGGUUCACGAUUACCUUCCUUCAGUCGGGAUGGAAAUAAAUAUGUUUUUAACCGUU